AGUUCAGUUGAACGACUUCGAAAAAGACUUAGAGAAGCAGUCAAACUUUUCGGCUUGAAACCUUUUGCACAAUUCUAAUCAAAAACUUACAAAAAAAUAUUAAAAAAACAAAUAAAAUAAUAAAAAAAGUAAUAAUUAUAGGAAAAAGCAGGCCUCGUCUAGAACUAAAUUAUAGCAGCCAAGUCGUAUAUAUAUAAAUAUCGUAACCGAAACUGAAAUAUUUUAUUAAAAACGCCAUUAAUUGCAUACACCACUCCGGAUAUAUAACAUCCGAAUUUAUAUAAAUAUAUAUGGAUCGCAUUCAGAUCGGCGAUAAGCUCUACUUCCAGAGAAGCAACGGACGAAUGCAAUCGGUAACCUGCAUAGGAAAGAAUUUAGAACUCGAGCUGAUUACUGGCGAGUGGGAGGAAGGAUCGGUAAUCAAGGGCAAGGACGUGGCUCUACGCCAGCUGGUGGACAUCAAUCCCCAUAUAUUCAAGAAGCAAGUGGGCUACACGCCGCGGAAGCCAUCGUUAUUAUCAAAAUCAUUUGGCAAGCUUUGUAUUCCGAGUGAAACAGGGUCUUCGAUUCCGAAGCCUGUCCUGGACAGGGGAGGUGGUGGUGGAAUACUCGCCAAAAUGGAGUUUAGAAAGCAGCUUAGUGGCAGCCCGUAUACCACAGACCGCCUGAGGGUGCCCACCAAGUUGCCAGCACCCAAAAGAACCUUGAUUCCACAUGUAGUCGCCACCAAUCGUACUGCCAGUGCUGGAGCCGGAGCUGUCGGUGUCGGUGCCGUUGUCGGUGUCGGUCCCAACACUGCACGCAUCUCCCUGGCCAGUGUCCGGAAUGCUAGUCCAAUCUAUGGACGCAAGUCUCAGAACGUGAAUAAUACAAGCGUUGCGGGUACCCAGCGCUGCUCCAAUGUGGUCCACGAAGUGAAUCGCUUGAAGGAGGAACGAGAGCUGCGACGCGCUCGCCAAGCCGAGCAGCUGCUGGAGAAGGAUGCGCUACGUCGCCAGGAUCCGGGUAAUCCCAACUGGGAGGCGGCCAUCAUGCUGCGUCAAUACCGCGAAACACUGACCAUCAAUCCGCUGCGAAGUCUGAAUCCUCAUGGCGAUGCCGUACUCCAGAUCACGGUCUGUGUCCGCAAGCGACCGUUGGCGCGUCGGGAGGAACGCAUGAGGAACAUAGACAUUGUCACGGUGCCCUCUCACGAUUCCCUGAUCAUUCACGAGUUGCGCUACAAGGUGGACCUCACCAAGUAUCUGGAGCAUCACAAGUUUCGCUUCGACUACACCUUCGACGAGGAAUGCUCCAAUUCCUUGGUCUAUGACCACACAGCUCGGCCCCUGAUCCGGACCAUGUUCGAGGGUGGCAAUGCCACCUGUUUCGCCUAUGGGCAAACCGGGAGUGGCAAGACCCACACAAUGGGCGGUGAAUUCUGUGGCAAAUCGCAAGAUUGCAGCAGCGGCAUUUACGCCAUGGCAGCCAGGGAUGUGUUCCAGGAGGUAUCGCGACAGGAGUACCGCCAGAUGGGGGCCAAGAUCACGUGCAGCUACUUUGAGAUCUAUGGCCCCAAGGUGUUUGACCUUUUGCAGCCUGAAAAACCACAGCUGCGAGUCCUCGAGGAUGGGCGGCAGCAGGUCGUAGUGGUGGGUCUCAAGGAGAUGCCGGUGACCAAGGUGGACGAUGUCCUUCGCCUGAUAGAGAUGGGCAACAAGAUGCGCACCUCGGGACAGACCUCGGCGAAUGCCAAGUCUUCGCGUUCCCAUGCUGUCUUUCAGAUGGCCCUCCACCUGCCCGAUUCUUGGGGUCCCUACGGCAAGUGCUCCUUCGUGGACCUGGCGGGCAAUGAGCGAGGAGCGGACACGCAGUCGGCGGAUCGCCAGACCCGCAUUGAGGGCGCUGAGAUCAACAAGAGCCUGUUGGCCCUCAAGGAAUGCAUUCGGGCGCUGAGCCGCCAGUCCAGUCAUCUGCCUUUCCGUGGAUCCAAGCUCACCCAAGUGCUACGCGACUCCUUUGUGGGUGGCAAGAAGAACAAGACAUGUAUGAUAGCCAUGAUUUCGCCCGCAAUGAACUGCGUGGAGCAUACCCUGAAUACAUUGCGAUAUGCCGAUAGAGUCAAGGAACUGGUGGCCAAGGACGAUGACUGUCAGGAAUCGAAUGAGGAGAAAUAUGAAGAAAAUGGACAGCCAUCGCCGCAGCAUCUGGAGCCAGAGAUGUCAGAAGAAGAGGAGAUUCCGUACGUGGAUGAUUACGUCGAGGACGACAAUGAUAAUGAUAAUGACAACAAGAACAAUUGCAUAACCAUAUCAUCGGACGAACCCAGUUAUUCCAGCCCCCGCAAAAAGAGCAACACUGUGUCCCCCUCCGAUCUGAAUCCCGGCCAGAGCUUGACGCCCCGCAUCAAGAUCCUUGAAGUGGCCAAACAGCAUGGAGCCAUGAUCAACACUCUGGAGAGCUUUGUGCGAAACUUCAAGAAUCAAAAUUCACGGGCGAAUUUCGAAUGUUAUGUGAGCACCUUGGAGAAGCCCAUCCAGGAUCUGGCCAACAUGGUGAACACGACCAGGAAGCUGGUGGCCAAUUACAAUACCCAGUAUGGCAGCAAGGACCACGACAUACAGCGAAAUCGGGAGGACAACGACUACUAAUUCUGGCCCAACCAUCAACCUCAAUAUAUAUCUGUAUAUGUUUAUAUAUUUCCAAACAAGUCUCCUCCAAUUGACUUCUGCGGGGACCCUUGAACGACUGCCAUUUUCCUCGAUACCGAUAUACACCAUCAGUUAAUGAAAAUUUCAGCCGCGAAUCUA